AUGAUGGCCACGGAGCUCUUCGCGCCGCACCGCCUCGACGUGCUCCACCACCUCCGGAGAGAGAAGGUGGGCGAGCUCAUGGACCACGUCGCGCGGCUGGCGAGCGACGGCAAGCCGGUGAACGUGGGGCGCGUGGCCUUCACGACCAGCCUGAACCUGCUCUCCCGCACCAUCUUCUCCCACGACCUCACGAGCCUCGACGACGACAACCGCUCCGGAGAGUUCCAGGAGGUGGUGACGGGGAUCAUGGAGACCGUGGGGGCCCCGAACGUCUCGGACUUCUUCCCGGUGCUCGCGCCGGCCGACCUGCAGGGCACACGCCGGCGGCUGGAGAGGCUGUUCUCCCGCCUACACGUGGUUUUCGACGCCGAGAUGGACGAGCGGCUACGCGGCCGCGACGCCGGCCAGCCCAGGAAGAACGAUUUUCUCGACGUGCUGCUCGACGUGGCGGCGCAUGAGGAUGGCAAGGACCUGCUCGACCGCCAGACGCUACGCUCACUUUUCAGGGAUUUGUUUGCCGCCGGCAGUGACACAAGCUCUAGCAUAGUGGAAUGGGCAAUGACCGAGCUUCUCCAAAAUCCAUCAUCAUUGGCUAAGGCUUGUAAUGAGCUUGAACAAGUUAUUGGCCCAACAAGAAACAUUGAAGAGGCUGACAUUGUUCGGUUGCCCUAUAUGCAAGCUAUCAUAAAAGAGACUUUUCGACUCCAUCCUCCUGCUCCACUCUUGUUGCCACGCCAACCUGAGGUAGCACUGAAAAUAGCAGGCUACACAAUACCGAAAGGUUCACGCAUUUUCGUAAACGUAUGGGCGAUAGGUCGAGAUAAAGAUGUAUGGGAUGAACCUGAGAAAUUUAUGCCGGAAAGGUUCCUGCUGGGUUCCACAAUUGACUUUAGAGGUGCUGAUUUUGCGCUCCUUCCUUUUGGUGCCGGACAUCGGAUCUGCCCUGGGAUGACAUUGGCAACUAGGAUGGUGCAUCUGAUCCUCGCUUCGUUGUUACAUCAGUUUAAGUGGAGUCUCCCUGCUGAGAUGGAAAGGGAUGGAAUUGACAUGGAAGAUAAGUUUGGCCUCACACUUACUAAGGUCGUUCCCCUUUGUAUUUUAGCAACACUAGUUUGA